UUUGUCUCCUGUCAGGAGCUGAAACUUUGUCAAUCUUCAACUUCCUAUAAAAAGAGUUCCUCCCAUCUACCCAGGAUAUCCUUUUGUUACAAGUGAAUAUGAAGUAAUUGUUUGGGGAAACAGGGUCUCUAUUGAGCAAGAGCUGGCCCCUGCAACUUUGCCAGUGUUCAACUCCCUAUAAAAAGAGCUCUUUCUACCAAGGAUACACUUUUGUUAGAAGAGAGUACAAGGUCAUUGUCUGGGGAAUCUUGUUCUGCUUUGAGCAAUUCACAACCAUUACAUGCUUCACCAACGAUCUAGAAGAGGAACCCUAUCAGAAACUUGCGAAUCUUACAACUGCAUCGUCUUCGGAGCAAUCACCCCCAUGCUUAUGGAAUGUAUGAAACAGAAGGGAGUUGCAUGGUCCCACCAACUUUAGAGGUGCAGCCAGAGGGCAUAGAGUCCACUUUGCCAGAGUUCAAGCACUCUACUGUGCUAAGUGUUCCACCCGAAGAGAAAGUCAUUCAAUACCAUCUCUGUACCACUCAUGCAUCCCAGAGCUCCAUUGCUCUCUGCCUCCAGUACUGAAAGUCAUCAUGGCAGUGACGGAUGCCCAGUACUGCACUAUACAUCUGCAAGUGCAAGCAAUGCUGCAUUCCUUGGACACCAAAGUGGCCAGAUUUUGCCCACAAGUGAAAAUGCGUCUGCAGCUGAGCUAGGCUUGGAGGACGGAGGCCCAGUCCUGCACUAUACAUCUGCAAGUGCAAGCAAUGCUGCAUUCCUUGGACACCAAAGUGGCCAGAUUUUGCCCACAAGUGAAAAUGCGUCUGCAGCUGAGCUAGGCUUGGAGGACGGAGGCCCAGUCCUGCACUAUACAUCUGCAAGUGCAAGCAAUGCUGCAUUCCUUGGACACCAAAGUGGCCAGAUUUUGCCCACAAGUGAAAAUGUGUCUGCAGCUGAGCUAGGCUUGGAGGACGGAGGCCCAGUACUGCACUAUACAUCUGCAAGUGCAAGCAAUGCUGCAUUCCUUGGACACCAAAGUGGCCAGAUUUUGCCCACAAGUGAAAAUGCGUCUGCAGCUGAGCUAGGCUUGGAGGACAGAGGCCCAGUCCUGCACUAUACAUCUGCAAGUGCAAGCAAUGCUGCAUUCCUUGGACACCAAAGUGGCCAGAUUUUGCCCACAAGUGAAAAUGCGUCUGCAGCUGAGCUAGGCUUGGAGGACGGAGGCCCAGUCCUGCACUAUACAUCUGCAAGUGCAAGCAAUGCUGCAUUCCUUGGACACCAAAGUGGCCAGAUUUUGCCCACAAGUGAAAAUGUGUCUGCAGCUGAGCUAGGCUUGGAGGACGGAGGCCCAGUACUGCACUAUACAUCUGCAAGUGCAAGCAAUGCUGCAUUCCUUGGACACCAAAGUGGCCAGAUUUUGCCCACAAGUGAAAAUGCGUCUGCAGCUGAGUUAGGCUUGGAACACCAAAUCAAUGGAGCAAUUGAGCAACUCCUGAAAAGGUCACUCUGCCCAGUUGUCCAUUUCACCAUUGAUGUCAGGGCCACUGGGCCAACCACAGGCUAUAUGUUUAUCAUAGCACACUGGGCUGCGGACUGUGAUGGAGUUCUGCACAGGUGCCGGGCAGUGAAGGCUAUUUGUGAGGUUGAGCAGAGUAACCUGACUGAAAUCCUGUCCCACAAACUAAGAGAGGUGAAGGACAAAUGGCUCCGUCCCCUGCAGCUGGAGGUGGGGUAUGUGACUACAGCCACAAAGGGAGUGGAAAUGGUUGUGGCAGGUGCUGGUCUGGGACGCAUUUUUCCCCCCGUCCACUGCAUAUACCUGCUGUUGAAAAGGGUGAUGGAAAAGGUGAAAGAUGAAGACGUCCACAUAGGACAGCUUUUCCAAGCCCUAUGCAAAAUCAGCAUUCAUUUUGAGCAAUCCCCAGGGGCUCACGACCGCCUGCUAGAAAUGCAGUUGCUGUGUGGUCUCCCCCAGGAACUUCUAAAAGAGAAGAUGCCAACGCCAUCAAAUAACCUCUUUCUCUUCAUGCAGUUUCUACUUGCCCGGCAGAAUGCAUUCAGUGCUUAUCUAAUGGAGAACCCUGAACUCAACCUGACGUGUCAGCAAUGGAGUUUGCUGCAUCAUCUAGCCUGUCUCCUGAAGCCAUGUGAAGAUACCAUCACUACAAUCAGGAGGGAUCAUGCUAACCUAGGCCAAGUCCUUCAUGAGCUCUGGUUGCUUGAGAGCACGAUAAAAGGAUGCUUCCAGCAGCUGAAGAAAGAGGCCGAUGCUGCUGCUGCUGCUACUCUCUUUGCAACUGAGCUGCUGCAAUCUCUGGAAGGCCAUAGUAUUCUAGCUGUGGUAAGAGAAAACAUUCUGUACCAGACUGCAACAUUGCUUCAUCCAUACUUCAGGGACCACAUCUGCGAAUAUCUGAAGGGAGAUGUGCAUCUGCAAAGAUGGCAAUUGAAAAAGCAUUUGAUGCAACAGAUUGAGAAGGAAUACUUGAACUUCUCUAGUGAUUACACAACUUCCUCUUUGACUGAGCUGGCAAGUCAAGAACUGGAAUCCUACCUGCAGGACAACAUAGACCUUGCUCUCUCACGUAUGGAUCCCUUGGUCUACUGGAACACAAGGAAGCACAUGUGGCCAUCUCUUUCUACAGUGGCAUUCCAGUAUUUCUCCUGCCCUCCUGCCCCGGUCUUUUUGGAUGAGGUAUUUGCUAUUGAAGAAUUUAUUAUAUCUGGAAGAUUUCAGGAGAGCAUUGCAGUCAACACUAUGAACAGAGACUGGAUUUCUGCAGGAUUCAGGGUCUCCAAUACUAGCACAGACACUGGAAGCCAACCCAUGGCCUGAGGAGAAAAAGAUGCCACCCUUCUUUGCAGAAGUUGAUGACUUGUAACCAUUCACAAAGUGUUGGGUUCAUGGAAGGACAUGACCCAAUUGGACACUGGCAUUAUUGGGACUUUGCGACACAUAGUGCUAAAAACUGUGGCCAUCUUGCAUUGCUGCAUCUCUUAAAGAAUUCUUUGCAUGAAACAGAAUUGGGUUAUUGUAUUAAGAUUCACACCACACCCCCUUUUGCAGAUGUAAGGUUUACUGACAGAUGAAAAACUUGUGCUGUGUUUAAUCAACUGUUUGGAAUGGAUAUGGUCUACUUUAAUAAAGGUUACUGCAAUAUUAA